AUGACGGCUUCCGUGCACGCAUUGCGUGAGCGCCUGCACACCCGAGAGCAUGAGCUCAAAGUGCUGCGCGAAAAGAUCGAGAAAGCGAGGCAAGCGGCCUCGAGCCCUGCCACGAAAUCCAUAUCCGCUAUUCAGCAGCGGUAUAUGGCCGCCGUCGCCGAACUUGACAAGAAAGAAAAGGAAAUUCCGAAGCCCAUCGUUAACUCAUCGACGGCUGGCGUUUCGAACUUGGCCAGCAAAUGGAACCAAGGAAUCAGCAGCGCUCAAGUCACCAAAACCCGCGUUGAUGUUCGCGGUGAUGUUCGGGGUACGCAGAAGAAUUUUAAUGCUUCCGACGUGCCAAAGGCGACUUCAAAUCAGCCUACCAAGACGAAGAAAUCCAAUGUAGAUCCAGGGCCUGCCGAGCUGCUUGUAGAGGACGAAGAUGCCGGUUUGCCCAGCUGGGCGAUUAACCAAUCCAAAAAAGUUAUUCGGAAGGAGAAUGCUCGUAGCUCUAUCAGAGAUGUCGAUGUCAAGGAAAUACAAGGCAGCGUCCUCACCAAUGCCGCUAGAGAUGGCUCUGAAGCACAAGGGGAAUCUGUUGAAGCAAAGGGAAAUGUCAAGGCGGCCCUUGCUAUGUGGGGGAAGACAGCCGAGGAGGACACUCUGCUUCUCAAGAAGAAAAUGGAAGAAGAAGAGAGACGGAAAGCAGCCGAGGCAAUCAAACAUAAAGAAAAGAAGAAAGAGGAGCGAGAACGCGCCGCGAAAGCAGCUAUUGAACGGUUUGCCAGCUUGACGCUCUCCAGCCUUCCCGCUCAGGAGCCAACCAAGGAGGUUGAACUUGUCGCGUAUCUUGAGAGGAAGAUUGUCCUAGUCGAGAAGGAGAUCAAAAUCACAGAGGAAGAGCUGUCUAAGUUAGAGGACAACUAG